AUGAGCGACAUUUAUGACGACAAAUCCCCGGUCGUGAUACCAUUCAUAAUCAAGCAUCUCGAGGCGCACAGGUCUCAGCAUCCGAAUGAACCAUUUUUCAUUGGUCUCAAUGGCGUCCAAGGUGCUGGAAAGACCGUUCUUGUCACGUCGCUCAAGUCUACCCUAGCAGACAAGGGCCUCACCACAGCCGUCUUCUCCCUUGACGACCUCUACCUCACUCACUCCGACCAAGAGGCUCUCGCCAAAGCCAAUCCCGACAACCCUCUACUCCAACACCGUGGCCAGCCAUCAACGCACGACAUUCCUCUCGCCCUCUCCAUAUUUGCCUCGCUUAAAGCCAACAAACCCACGCGUAUUGCCAAGUACAACAAAGCUCUGUUCUCCGGCCAGGGCGACCGCCUUCCGCCCUCCGAGUGGGACGAAGUCAACAACCCCGGCGAGCCUACCGUCGACAUUGUCCUCUUCGAAGGCUGGUGCGUCGGCUUCCAGCCUCUCACUUCAUCCGAGCUCCGGUCAAAACACGCCGCCGCUGUUGAGGCGCUCAAUAACCCCACGUCAAAGUAUUGUGGUCGCCUGGGUUACAACACGCUAGAGAGCGUACUCACCAUCAACGACGCCCUCAAACAAUACUCUGAGUUGUGGGCCUACUUCCACACGUUCGUGCAUAUCGAUGCCGCCGACCCGCUCUUCGUAUAUCGGUGGCGCCUGCAGCAGGAAGCGACCACACGCCGAGAAAAGGGGGCCGGCAUGACGGACGAGCAGGUGGAAAAUUUUGUGAACGGCUACUAUCCCGCCUAUGAGCUGUAUACAGAAACGCUGAGGCGAGGCGUCUUUCGGCCAGCACGAGAAGGCGAUCAGUAUCAGACCGGCGGAUGGGAAGGCCGUCAGCUGCGAUUGGUCGUGGAUGAAGGGCGCAAGGUCCACGAGACGAUCCUCAUAUAG